AUGAGCAUCCGCUUCCACGCCUCGGCGCCCAUCGUCACGCUCUACCACGACCUCCGUUCCCCGCAAUCGCAACAAGCCCUCGCCCUCCUCCGCCAAGCACAACGUGGCGGCGGCGGCGGCAGCUCCUCUACCAACGAGGGGAACGCAGCCAUCUUCCUCAAAGAAGCCAGCAGCCCCGCCUCGUCCUCUCUGGACCUCCAGCUCGAAAUCAAGGAGCGGGCCAAAGAGCCCCCAACGCCCGGACAGCUGAGGACCAUCCUCGAGUACCUCAAAGCUUCCCCCCCUCCUCCCCCUGCGGCGGCAGCUGCCAAUUCUUCGGUCGAAGGCGCUCCUGCUACUACUCGCUCUACCCCAGAGAAUCACCCCGCAGCAGUAGGUGGAGCAGGAAUUGGCGCUCGUCCGCAGACGAAGCGUCCUACCAAUCCACCGCCCGGCGUAACAAGGACGAGAGUCAAGACCACCCUCGAAGAUGAUGAUUCGGCCGCCAGCAGCGAGUCAGCCGUUUCACGUCGCCUUGAGUCUUCACCUCUCCUCCUCGUGGACUGGGAUGCAGGGAGAGCGAGCACAGAUCUUGCCGGUGUGCAGGAGAUGAUCGAGCGAUGGCGCGAGGAGCAGGCUAGUGGGAAGCAAGGUGGACAAGCGUCCAAGAGUGAUGCGGGGGGCAAUUGCGUGGUGAUGUAG